GCAUGAGUGUGAUGCGCAUGCGCUUUGUGAGUCAGGGGGUGGGGCGACAGACAGACAGACAGACAGACAGGGGGAUUCGGGUGGACACACAGCAGCUAACGGCUAACUGAGUAAAUUGUUCCCUUUAAACACACACACACACACACACACUCACACUCACACACACACACACACAGCGGACAGAGAGAAGCCGUGUGCAGAUCCAUCAGCACUGAUCCUUAGACCCAGAACCCUUGAGGAGAAGCUCAACACGACGUCACCUGGGCUUUCAGCAAUUUCUCUCUUAGUGGUGUGAUAUCCGAUGGCCCAGAAUGUCUACGACUAAUAACAUAGCACAAGCCAGGAAACUGGUGGAGCAGCUGAGAAUCGAGGCAGGCAUUGAGCGUAUCAAGGUGUCCAAGGCGGCCGCUGAUCUGAUGAGUUACUGUGAGCAGCACGCCCGCAGCGAUGCCCUCCUGGUGGGCGUGCCCACUUCUGAAAACCCCUUUAAAGAUAAAAAACCAUGCAUCCUUCUAUAGCCAAUCUCCCUCUCCUCUCUCUCUCUCUCUUUCUCUUAUUUCAUCCAUCCAUCUAUCUGUCAUUCUCUUUAUGUCUGUCUAUCCUUCCUGCUUUAUUCAGUUUUAUUCCUAAAAUACCGCACGGUGAAGCAGAGAAUAAAACACCCGUCUCACUUCUCACUGAGACCGAGGGGUGAGUGUGUAUGCGACGAACGAGAGACGGCGGAGAAGAAAAGGAUGAAAAGAAGUAGAGGAAAAUAGAGAUGUGGUUGUGUCUCAGUCCACAUCCCGUUUCCUACAUUGUGCACUUCUUACAGCAGUUUUGGGCACUCGGUCACUCCCACGAUGGCAUCCUGGGAGAAGGGUGUAGGGAGCAUGGUGCAGUUUGGGUCACAGCCGAUAUGUUCCUUCUUUAUAUUUUUUACUCGUUUUAUUUUCCAGAGAACGUCCCUGCGUGAAGUUUUAUACACGUCCUCACAGACAUCAGUGUUGUGGAACAUCUGAGUAAUAACUCAGCAUGUGAAGGAAGAAGCAGUGCAGCAGUGAGGGUUCUGCAGUACAGAGGUAUCGGUUAUAACCCCUACCUCACCUUCAGUUCUCUUAACUCCAGUUAAAUCCAUCUGGAACUCUGAUUGUAAAGUCCACGCAGAACCCACGAGCUCCGUGUAUAAACUUUGUUUAGAACGGUGUUGCCUGUGUGUGUGUGUGUGCGUGCGUGUGUGUGUGUGCGACUCUUUAACGCUAGCUGUGUGUUGCACUUUUCUUUUACUGUACAGUGUUUGAUAAAUGGAGGCACGGUUCUCCUGUGUUCUCUCUUCUGUGAUCUUUAUUUCCUGUCCUAUUCCUCCUCACUUCCUCUUCCACACAUUGUGUUCCACUUAUGACUCAGUGUGUGUGUUUCUUCUGACUGUUUUUAUUUGUAUGUUCAGGUGAUUAAUCUGAGCUGGUUUUGGAUGGGAUUCUAUCAUCUGUAGUGUCUCAUACCCAUCAGUUCUAGAGUUUUCAGCAGGGUUCUAAGAUCUAACAAUCCUCUCCAUAAAGCACAUGGACUUCCUCUGUGCAAAGAUUCUAGUAUUCUAGUGUGACACAAAGCUUCCUGGACAUGAAGGAGCACCUGUUCCAGAAGCCUUGAAGCAAGGUUGUAGAAGUUUUGAACACACGAGACUCCCCUUAAAUGAAGAAUCCUCUGUGUUUUUAGACAGUGAGGAAGUUUCUGGAACCUUCACGGCAAACAGCUGUGUUCUGAAAUGCUCAGCAUGAAGGUUACGAUUCCCUGAACCCUCAGGGCUCAGGAGUUUCUCAAAUCCUUCGUGCAGUAGCAUCAAGAGUGCAAGAAAGUGUUGCUGGGCUCUGAAGGUUCCAUCCUCAGCUGGAAAAGGUUGUAGAAUACGAAGGUAGAACCUCGAAUCCUCUGGAUUUCUACACCUGCUGAAAACCUGCGUGCCUGUGUGUGUGUGUGUGUGUGUGUGUGUGUGAAGUGCCAACACCGCUCCCGAUCACUUCCUGUAGCUGUGUCCCGAACCACAGCACAAAUCACCACACUACACCAUCAUUAGAAAGUGGUGCUAGCUAAAUGUUUAUGAGCCAUAGUGAGGGUUUCCAUGACAACACAAACAGUGAAGUGGUUUGGGACGCAGCCUGUAGUUAAAGGGGUGGGAGGGAUUGUGUAUUCUGGCUUUGUCCAAAUUCUGUUUCUAUCUUGCCUGGCCUCAUUUGUAGACUUUGGCACAGGUUGUGUGAGAGGAUGGUGUGAGUUUACUGACGUGUGUGUGUGUGUGUGUGUGUGUGUGAGAGAGAGAGAGAGACAUAAUCCAAACCCAGUUUAACAAUACAACCGUUCAAGUGUCAAGCUUGUAGAAGAAAAACAACAAUGAAGUGCCAAAUUACAGUGACUUUUGGGGGCUGUGUGUGUGUGAGAGAGAGAGAGAGCAUGUGUGUGUGUGUGUGUGAGACCAUGUGUGUGUGUGUGAGAGAGAGAGAGCAUGUGUGUGAGAGAGUGUGUGUGUGUGAGAGAGUGUGUGUGUGUGAGAGAGUGUGUGUGUGAGAGCGUGUGUGUGUGUGUGUGAGAGAGAGAGCAUGUGUGUGAGAGAGUGUGUGUGUGAGAGAGUGUGUGUGAGAGCGUGUGUGUGUGUGUGUGUGUGUGUGUGUGAGAGAGAGAGAGAGCAUGUGUGAGAGAGAGAGCAUGUGAGAGAGCGCGUGUGUGUGUGUGAGAGAGCGCGUGUGUGUGUGUGUGAGAGCGCGUGUGUGAGAGCACGUGUGUGUGUGUGUGUGUGUGAGUUCAGUAUUUUUGUACACAAAGUGACGAACUUUUGAAAAAAAAAAUGGCUGAAUUAAUGUUGAAAUGUAAGCAGCUCUGCCUGGUCAUGUGGUGCAAUAGUAAUGGCCCCCUCAUCACAAAGGUGUGUCUGUUCUCUCCUGAUGGAAAUAAAAUGUAAGUGUGAUCAGAUGUGUGUGAAAGCACAUCAACUUAUUAUUAGACAGUUUGAAGGAGUGUUCACAAUAAUCAGUAGUCUUAAUGAAAUAUGUGCCAACUCUCCCGUUGUGUGUGUGUGUGUGUGUGUGUGUGUGUGUGUGUGUGUGUGUGUGUGUGUGUGUGUAGCUACUUUCUCUAAAAAAUCCCAGAUUGUGGAGAUUCAGUGCCAAGUUUCCUAACAUUUAACAGAGAUGUGGUGAUUAAGGCUGUGUGUGUGUGUGUGUGUGUGUGUGUGUGUGUGUGUGUGUGUGUGUGUAAGCUCCACCUUCAUGUUCUCUUCCCUCUGUGCAUCCUUUCUGCCUUGAUUAUGAAGAUAUCUCUAUUUUUUGUAACUGUUUCUCUCAGAUGUGCCAUAAAUCAUGUUUUCUUGCACACUGUUAAUAUUUUGUGGAUUAAAAAGUUGCUGUUUAAAAAUGAGAAGAAGAAAAAACUACUUAAAAAAGUAGAAGUGAAUAAAGAUAAUGUCACUCUGU